AUGAAUAGCUCAUUAAUAUGGAAUAUAAGGUCUGUAAACACUCAACAGGCCUUUGAGAGGGUAGUACUAUUGCAUAGACAGAAACAUUUUAAUUAUGUUGCCUUACUAGAGCCUUUCCAGCAUGUUAGACAUAUUGACAUGUACAAAUUGUGGUUAAAUAUGGGGACAUCAUGGCAUAAUGUGAAUGGGAAGAUUUGGAUUUUUGUGGAUGCAGAAAUUCAAGUAGAAAUAAUGAGAGAUACAGAACAACUGUUAUCCUGUAGAUUCACUCAUUUGGGUGAUGGGCAAGAGUUGGUGCUUACAGUUGUUUAUGCGAGUACUGAUAGAAGUGGGAGAAUAGCUCUAUGGGAGGAUCUAUAUGACAUGUCUUCACACAUCACCAUCCCAUGGCUUGUGGGUGGGGAUUUUAAUGUCAUUACAGAUGACAUUGAGAAAUUUGGGGGUCUUCCUGUACAGUUUGCAGAAACAGAGGAUUUUAGACAAUGUAUAGACAUUUGCCAACUGAUGGAUCUUGGUUUUACUGGAAGUAUGUUCACAUGGUGGAAUGGGAGAUCGGAUGAGGCUUGUAUAUUUAAAAGACUGGACAGAUGUUUGGGAAAUCAGGCUCUGCAGAAUUGUUUUCCUAAUUUGGAGGUAGAGCAUCUCAUUAAACAAGGUUCUGACCAGUCCCCCUUGCUGGUGGGAAGAGCUCUCUCUAAGUGGAGUAGGGACACUUAUGGUGAUAUCUUCAAGCAAAUUGAAACUCUAGAGGAAGUGGUGCAGGUGCAUGAGCAAGAAUUUGAACAGAAUCCUACAGGGCUUAACAGGGAAAGGGUACAAGCUGAUCUGAUCAGGUUUUAUGCUAUUGAAGAAAAAUUUUGGAGACAAAAAGCAGGGAUGCUGUGGUUUCAGGAUGGAGAUAGGAACACAAAAUUCUUUCAUGCUCAUGUCAAUGGAAAGAGAAGAAAGCUACAAUUACAGAGAAUUCAAGAUCAUACAGAAGAACAAAAUCAACAACUCUAUGAAAUGCCAGAUGAAGCAGAGGUGAAAAGAGCAGUUUUGGUUUAA